CAACUGCUAUUUCCAACUCCUCGAUUAGGGCCACGGCCAGAUCGGUGGUAACCUCUCCAAUGGCUUCUUCUUCUCCAUCAUCUCUUUCUCCCCCGAUGAUCCCCAUGGAACUCCACUCACUCAAUCGAGAGAAGCUCUUCAACUCUCUGCGUGAGCACCUAACUUCAUGCGCUCGUCCUCUCCAAGGCUUUGUUUUCCUACAGGGUGGCGAGGAGCAAACUCGACAUUGCACCGAUCACCUAGAACUGUUCAGACAGGAGAGCUAUUUCGCCUACUUGUUUGGAGUGAAAGAGCCGGGAUUUUAUGGAACUAUUGAUAUAGCAAGUGGGAAAUCUAUGCUCUUUAUUCCUAGGUUACCGGCCGACUAUGCUGUUUGGAUGGGAGAAAUAAAACCACCUUCUCACUUCCAGGAAAAGUACCAGGUUACCCAGGUCUUCUAUACUGAUGAGAUUAAGGAAGUUUUGUUGGAGCAGUACCAAGCGACGGGAGCACCAUUACUCUUUCUCUUGCAUGGGCUUAAUACUGAUAGCAACAAGUAUUCUAAACCAGCAGAAUUUCAGGGUAUUGAGAAGUUCCAGACAGAUUUAAACACAUUGCACCCUAUCCUGACUGAAUGCCGUGUUGUAAAGUCUGACUUAGAGCUUGCUCUCAUACAAUAUGCCAAUGACAUAAGCUCUGAAGCUCAUGUUGAGGUUUUGAGGAAAACAAAGGUAGGGAUGAAAGAAUAUCAGUUAGAAAGCAUGUUUCUUUACCAUACCUACAUGUAUGGCGGCUGUAGGCAUUGUUCGUACACAUGUAUAUGUGCUACUGGCGAUAAUAGUGCUGUACUUCAUUAUGGUCAUGCAGCAGCUCCAAAUGACAAGACAUUGCAAGAGGGAGAUAUGACACUUCUAGAUAUGGGAGCAGAAUACCACUUUUACGGGGCUGACAUAACUUGUUCCUUUCCAGUAAAUGGGAAAUUUACUCGUGACCAGUCACUUUUAUAUACUGCUGUCCUUGAUGCUCAUGAUGCUGUUAUUUCUGCCAUGAGGCCUGGAGUGAGUUGGGUCGAUAUGCAUAAAUUAGCUGAAAGGGUCAUUUUGGAAUCACUGAAGAAAGGGCACCUACUUGUUGGGGAUGUUGAUAAAAUGAUGACCGAGCGACUUGGUGCUGUUUUCAUGCCUCAUGGAUUGGGGCACCUUCUUGGAAUUGACACUCAUGAUCCUGGGGGUUACUUGAAGGGAGCUGAAAGACCAAAAGAACCUGGAUUGAGCUCUCUACGUACGAGCAGAAAGCUCUUGAAGGGAAUGGUGAUCACUGUGGAGCCUGGUUGUUACUUCAUUGAUGCCUUGCUACUUCCUGCCUUGGAGAAUCCAGAGGUGUCACAGUUUUUGAAUCGUGUUGAGAUCAACAAGUUUAGAGCUUUUGGUGGAGUCAGAAUUGAAAGUGAUGUGUGUGUUACUUCCAGUGGAUGUGUUAACAUGAGCAAAUGUCCGCGGAAGAUUGAAGAGAUUGAGGCAGUGAUGGCAGGGGUUCCUUGGCCGAUAGAAAAGACUACCUUUCCUUCUGAAAUUGGAGACGUGUAAUUCUCCCAAAUACUGCAUUACAUCAAGAAACAAGAAUAAUUGGCACUCUACACAUGUUAUCCUCGGUGUGUGGACCCUCUGAACAACUAGACAUAAUCUUCUAGUCUCUUCUGAGAGGCAACUCUGUACUUGUUCUUGAAUACCUAGCAGAUAAGUAUGUAGCGUCUAAGUUUGAAACAUGCAUUUGUAAAUGAAGGGAAUAUUAUGGAUUAUGUUGCUAUUGCCUCCUCCUAUGGACUAGUCUUAUUAGAUGAACUAAUUGGUGUUAUGUUAAUUUUAUGAAUAUCCUUGGAACUAAUUGGUGUUAUGUUAAUUUUAUGAGUAUCCUUGAAAUAUUCGCCGCAGAUUGCAUUUU